AUGGUCAGAUUAGGUCCAAAGCCACCUCAGCACAGAAAGGGUACCUUCACCGAUGUCCCUCAGGCUCUCCUUGAUGAGAUCAAGGAGAUCGAGAAACUUCUCACGUUGACUCCAGAGACCUUGCAGAAGAUUACCAAGCACUUCAUCUCCGAAUUGGACAAGGGUUUGUCCAAGAAGGGAGGUAACAUCCCAAUGAUUCCAGGUUGGGUUCUUGACUUCCCUACUGGCCAGGAAACCGGUAACUACUUGGCCAUUGACUUGGGAGGAACCAACUUGAGAGUUGUGUUGGUCAAGUUGUUGGGAGACCACAAGUUCGACACCACCCAGUCCAAAUUUGCCUUGCCAAAGACCAUGAGAGAGGCCACCAGCGACGAGUUGUGGGACUUCAUUGCCGACUGUUUGAAGAAGUUCAUUGACGAGUUCUUCCCAGAAGGUGUUUCCGCUCCAUUGCCAUUGGGUUUCACCUUCUCUUACCCAGCUUCUCAGGAUAAAAUCACCGAGGGUAUCUUGCAGAGAUGGACCAAGGGUUUCAACAUCUCCGGUGUGGAGGGUAAGGAUGUUGUCCCAAUGUUGCAGAGUGCCAUUGAGAAGUUGGAGGUUCCAGUUGAGGUUGUUGCCUUGAUUAACGACACCACUGGUACUUUGGUUGCUUCCAUGUACACUGAUGCCGAGACUAAGAUGGGUUUGAUUUUCGGUACUGGUGUCAACGGUGCCUACUACGACAAUUGUGGAGACAUUCCAAAGUUGGAGGGUAGACUUCACAGCGAUGUGACUCCAAACACUCCAAUGGCCAUUAACUGUGAGUACGGUUCGUUUGACAAUGAGCACUUGGUGUUGCCAAGAACUAAGUUCGACAUCCAGAUCGAUGCUGAGUCUCCAAGACCAGGUCAGCAGUCGUUCGAGAAGAUGAUCUCUGGUUACUACUUGGGAGAAGUUUUGCGUUUGAUCUUGCUCGACUUGGCCGACGAGAAAAAGUUGAUCUUCAAGGACCAGGACUUGAGCAAAUUGCACGAGGCUUUCGUCAUGGACACCUCAUUCCCAGCCAGAAUUGAGGAGGAUCCAUUUGAGAACUUGUCUGAUGUCCAGGACUUGUUCUCCGAGCACCUCGGAAUCCAGACCACCGUGGCCGAAAGAAAGGUCAUCAGAAAGUUCGCAGAGUUGAUUGGUGAGCGUUCUGCCCGUUUGUCUGUCUGUGGUAUCGCUGCUAUCUGUCAAAAGAGAGGAUACAAGACUGCUCACUGUGCUGCUGACGGUUCCGUGUACCAGAAGUACCCAGGUUUCAAGGAGAGAGCCGCCAAGGGUUUGAGAGACAUUUUCGGCUGGGCCGACGACCAGGAGGACCCAAUCGUUAUUGUCCCUGCUGAGGAUGGUUCUGGUGUUGGUGCAGCUGUGAUUGCUGCUUUGACCGAGAUCAGAUUGAAGGAAGGCAAGAGUGUUGGUGUUGCCAAUUAG